UAUUCGUAGUGUGUUUAAUUAAGAAAGUGUUAAAACGCCACUCACAAUUAACCGUGUUCCGAGUAUAGUAUGCGAAUUUGUUCACAGUGGAUUCAACGAAUAAAAUGGCCGUUGGACCGACGGAGGGCAAGCAACAACCUCCAACUGAAACCUUCUCACCCGCACCACAUCAAAUUAUAGCACCUAGCCCGAUAUUGGCUGUACCGACGCUUGCCUUUUCCGCUGCCCAAGUGGAGAUUGUAUGCAAAACAUUGGAGGACUCUGGCGAUAUUGAGCGUUUAGCCAGAUUUCUCUGGAGUUUACCAGUGGCCUUGCCGAAUAUGCAUGAAAUUUUAAAUUGUGAAGCUGUGCUCAGGGCCCGCGCCGUUGUCGCCUAUCAUGUUGGAAACUUCAGGGAACUUUAUGCAAUAAUUGAAAAUCAUAAAUUUACAAAAGCUUCGUAUGGCAAAUUACAGGCCAUGUGGCUGGAGGCCCACUAUAUAGAGGCUGAAAAAUUAAGGGGACGUUCGUUGGGUCCGGUCGAUAAAUAUCGUGUACGUAAAAAAUUCCCGCUACCGCCCACCAUCUGGGAUGGUGAACAGAAAACGCACUGUUUCAAAGAACGUACACGAAGUUUACUGCGUGAAUGGUACCUACAAGAUCCUUAUCCGAAUCCAACGAAAAAACGAGAAUUAGCCAAAGCGACGGGUUUAAAUCCAACCCAGGUGGGAAAUUGGUUUAAGAAUCGACGGCAAAGAGAUAGAGCAGCGGCGGCUAAAAAUAGAUUACAACAUAAUCAAAACUCUGGCAUGGGACGCAGACGUCCCGAUGGUGCUCCCUCUCCUACACCCUCCGACACCUCAGAUUCGGACAUUUCACUGGGCACACAUUCACCCGUACCCAGUAGCUUGCAUUUACAACACAGUCCCGGCUCCACCUCGAAUGGCGCCAACGACCGCGAUGAGAGUUUAAGUGUGGACGAUGAUAAGCCACGAGAUCUUUCAUCGUCAUUGUCAUCAACAAGCAUGCCACCGUAUCCAUCAUCGGCAUUGCCACCCUCCUGCUUGCCCGCCUUUAAAUUAGACGCCGCAGCCACAAGUCUCUUUAGUGCGGGUUAUUUGCAAAGUUUUGCCAAUUUCAAAGAAAUGACCCAACAAUUUCCCAUACAACCCAUGGUCAUAAGGCCUCAUCCCCAGCUGCCGCAAGCUUUGGCCAGUCUCAAUGGCAAUCACUUACAUCCGAACUAUGCCUCAGCUGCUUAUGCGGUCGAUUGUUCCACACAGGCCGCAUCAGCCGGCGGACCACCCAAAAUACGCGUCAAUUCACCCGAGAAACUUAAUUCAGCAGCCAAUUCAAUAGCGGCCACACUAACAGCUGUAGCUCAUCCACAUCUAGCCCAUCACCACCACCAUCAUCACCACAAUCACCCACCACCUCCUACAAAUAUACAGGAACACAGCAGUAGUCCUUCGGCCACCUCCACUACGACCAGCUAUCAUCAUAACGCACAAUUGCUACAUCGACCUUUUUCAACAUCGCCUGACAUUAGUCAUAGUGCCACCGAAAUAACAUGAUAUCGUGCAAGAGUAUAGUGAACUGAUAACCACAAUCCGUUAAGGAUCGAUCUAGUGUACAGUGUUUGUGAGUGAGGAAAAGGACCUUAGAAAUGAAACCUAAAACCUUAAUCCUGAAAACGUAAUAUUUUCUUUAUUAGAAAUUCAAUUAUUAAAACAAAAUAAAA